AUGACUCUCCUUAUCCUACCAAACGAGCUUCUGCUAGCCAUAGCAGAGGCUCAAGAGUGCCAAAGAGACAUAAAUGCAUUCGCAAGAACCAGUCGCCGCUGCUAUACCCUCCUGAACCCCUUUCUCUAUGCCUACAACGUCCGACAGCACCAAGGGAGCGCACUCCAUUGGGCAGCAAGCCAGGGACAACUAAGAACAGCCGAAGAAUCACUCCGACAAGGAGCAGAUAUCGAAUCAUGGCACAGGAAAACAGGAAAAUCGCCAUUGAUACAGUCCGUUCACUGUGGUCAUGCAGAUAUUGUUGCGCUGCUGUUGGCACAUGGAGCCAACCCGCAUGCCAAGAGCGGCGGGGGGACCAAAGACGCAAUCACAACGGCUGUGUUCCGCAACAGAGCAGCCGUCACUAGCAUUUUGCUUGAUAACGGCGUUGAUGUGAACUUGGCGGACUAUAAGGGCAGCCUAUUGCAUCUUGCGGCUGAAAAAUGGCACAACAGCCGCGCGGCAGUGGCGAGAGUCCUUAUCGAGAAAGGUGCCAACCUGGAAUCUAUGAAUGAUGUGAAACAGACUCCGUUGCAGGUAGCGUGUGAGUCUGGCUCCGUGGAAGUGGCCCGAUGUCUAAUAGAAAGCGGUGCCGAUCUGGAUACGCGGUGUCGACAUGGAAGGUCGCUCCUGCACCUGGCAUCCUCCAUGGAUAUCAAGACCACUAAGUUGUUAGUGGAGAAAGGAGCCGAUCUCGAGGUGAAAGACGAGCAUGGUGAGACACCACUGCAUCUGGCAUGCUGGGAUGGCCGGGUAGAAACAGUAGCGUUCUUGCUGGACCAGGGUGCAGAUAUAGAGGCAAGAUCGUUAAAUGGGAACACACCAUUGCUGCGGGGGUUACUCUGGGAGGGCACUGUAUGCAGAGACCUGGGGCCGGCCUCUGUGACCACUCUAUUGCUGGAACGAGGUGCCAAUCCAGGGCGGGGAAAUGAUUACAACAUCACACCAUUGCAUUGUGCGACGUCGAAAGCUGAUAUAGGACUUUUCAAGACACUCCUACAAUAUGGUGCCGACCUAGAGCCAAAAACUAGGCUGGGAGCGACGCCGCUGCACAAAUUAGCGCGUUCUGGCUCUCUGGACUCAGCAAGGCAUUUGUUGCAGAAAGGCGCUGAUGUACAACCAAGGGAUAGAGAAGGCAAUACGCCAUUGCACAUGGCAGCGCAGAGAAAUGAUGUGGAAUUCGUCAGGUUGCUGCUAGCAGCAGGCGCUGACUGGCUGAUCAAGAAUCACAAGGGUCAAUUGCCUGUACAUCUAGCAUCAGAAGGAGCACAGAAAUCAGAAGAAAGACACAGAAAAGUGGUGCAUCUUCUGGAGGCUCAGUCCGAGCAUCAAAAUUAG